GCAGGCAGACAGCUCCUCACUCACACGGAAACACAGAUAGCGGCUCGAAACAAUCUCACAGACUUACUACAAGACUUAUCUUUUGGACUCUUUACGUUCAUUUGACUGAAGAACACUUGGAUCCACAUCACUACGUUUUCACACUUCUGUCUGUGCUUAUUUCAAAGUCAUCAUGUCUCAGAAGCAGAUCAGCCUCCCAGCCAAGCUCAUUAAUGGAGGUAUUGCUGGCAUCGUUGGGGUGACUUGCGUUUUCCCCAUUGACUUGGCAAAGACCAGGCUUCAGAAUCAGAGACAAGGACAGCAGGUCUACAAGAGCAUGGUGGACUGCCUUGUCAAGACAGUUCGAUCCGAGGGAUACUUUGGCAUGUACAGAGGUGCCGCUGUAAAUUUGGCCCUGGUCACCCCUGAGAAGGCAAUCAAGCUCGCUGCUAAUGACUUCUUCAGGCAGUACCUCUCCAAGGAUGGAAAGGGGCUGACUGUGUUUAAGGAGAUGCUGGCAGGUUGUGGUGCCGGCAUGUGCCAGGUCGUAGUCACCACCCCGAUGGAAAUGCUCAAGAUACAGCUACAGGAUGCAGGCAGAGUUGCGGUCCAGCAGCAGAAACCAGUCAUGAUGUCUCCCACAAAGCUCGUGGCCACCAACGCCGUGCUCUGCCGCUCCUACAACUCUGGCGCGGUGGUGUCGGCGCCGCGAGCCGUGUCCGCCACACAGAUCGCAAAAGAACUCUUCCGCACGCAGGGCAUCCAGGGGCUCUACAAAGGGCUGGGAGCAACGCUGAUGAGGGAUGUGCCCUUUUCUGUCAUCUACUUCCCAUUGUUUGCCAACCUGAACAACCUGGGCAAACCCAGUCCCGGUGAGACGUCGCCCUUCUAUUGGGCCUUCCUCUCAGGCUGUGCGGCAGGUUCUACUGCAGCUGUGGCCGUUAACCCCUGUGACGUGGUGAAGACUAGACUGCAGUCACUGAACAAAGGGGCCAGUGAGGAGACUUACAACGGAGUUAUGGAUUGUGUGAGUAAAAUACUGCGAAAGGAGGGACCCUCUGCGUUCCUGAAGGGUGCCGGCUGUCGAGCUCUGGUCAUCGCUCCUCUGUUCGGCAUCGCUCAGGUUAUGUACUUCGCUGGAGUUGCUGAAUACAUCCUUGAAAACACUCCUCUAAACCUGCUGCAGGCAUGAGAGACCGUCGACCUGCUGGCUAUUCAUAGGACCUUCUGAGCGUAGAUGGUGGAACAACUGGCAGCUACAUACCAUCCAUUUACAGCGACGACAAAGAAAGUCUUGUCUAACAGUCAGAAAGACCCAUGAAGACCUUUUGAUUAUUAUUAUUAAUUUUUUUUUUAACAUCUGACAGCUGUGUUGCACUAAAACACUUUUGUGACUUAUUCAGGAGGCGUGUCUAAUGUUUGCACUUGAAGCUGUUGGCCUUACCGGCUAUGGGGACUCAGAGUUGCAGUGUUAUUCUUUCUUUGUCCCUGAGACAGUCCUGUUUCCCUCUGUGAGGGAGGGGAGCUCACUCCAUCAAAGAGACACACACACAUUUUUGUGUUUUCUUCCAUGCUAUCACUUUUUCAUAUUUUCUAUACUUUGUUUUUUGAAUUGCUCAUUGAAGCAGCUUUUAGUACUUUGUAUGUUUUUGGUGUCUUUUCCAUCGAUGUCUCGCGUUGGAACGAAGGCUUCAAAUGAGGGACACAUGGGGCCCAAUUUACACAACUUAUAGCAAAGGGAUCUCUUUUUUUUAAUUGUAUUUUUUUUUUUUUUUAAACAAAAUGCAUUUUCAGCAAAAAACUUAAGCAUGUACAUGUUUAGUUUCAUUGAUCAUGAACCUUCCUACUGACCUGGGACCAUGUGGUUUUCAAACUAUAAGCGGUUCAGUUACAUACUUGAUUUUAGCCCUGGAGUUGAUUAGUAGUCUGUGAACUGCAGUGUUUGUAUCUUACUACCUGCAAAAACUUGAGAUUCAAUCAUGCACAUUAUAUUUAUGUUUGUCUACAUGUAUGUUUGUCCACAUAACUUUUACAUUUACAUAUGCAUACCUGAACUUCAGACGUUCUUUGGUUUAUGCCUUAACAGAGCAUUAUUGCUGCGACUGAGCAUGGAAACAUGACUGUUACAAUAUUUUGUGAUUACUUUUUGUACAUAACCGUGUGUAUAUAUACAUUAAACUUUGAAAUGUA